UAAAAAUGCUUGGAACUAAAAAUAUGAUACUUUUUUGUGAGAUUUUGCUCUCAUUUUACCUGAACUUUAAUUUUGUUUCCUGCGCUUUGAUUCAAUAUAAUGAGCUCAUUUUAGAAGAUGCUAACCUGCUUGUGCCAGAUCUGAUUAGAAAGUAUGACUAUCCUGUGGAAGUUCACAAGAUCCACACAAAGGAUGGAUUCAUACUCACAUCCCAUCGCAUUCCCAAAUCUGGCGGACAGCCCGUGCUGAUUGUCCACGGUCUUUUGGAUAGUUCCGCUGGGUUUGUUAUCCUGGGACCCAAUAAAUCCUUGGCCUUCUUACUUAGUGACCUGGGCUACGAUAUUUGGUUGUUAAACACCCGUGGUAAUCAGUAUUCUCGCAAACACAAGAGAUUCCACCGCUAUCAACCUGAAUUUUGGAAUUUUUCCUUUCACGAGCUUGGAAUAUACGAUCUGCCAGCAGCAAUAGACUAUAUCCUUUCAAGAAGUAAAGGCUUUGAGCAAUUGCACUACAUAGGGCACUCCCAGGGCACUACAUCCUUUUUUGUGAUGGGGAGUGAACGGCCCAUUUAUAUGAAAAAAAUUAAACUAAUGCAGGCUCUGGCUCCGGUGACUACUUGGUACAAUAAUGGUAAUCCUAUUGCAAGGACUUUUGCUAAAUAUAUUCGACCGUUAUCUAGUCUGGCUAAGUCCUUUGGCAUUUACGAACUGCCACCAGAGAAUGAAGUCUGGCGAAGACUGUAUUACAACCUUUGUAGCUUUGCUUUUCCCAAUACUUGCACAUAUAUUUUGUUUGAGCUUUUCGGCGUCAAUUACCAGCAGUUUAAUUCCAGUCUCAUUCCUCUAUUCCUAGGACAUGCAGCUGCAGGAUCUUCGGUGAAGUCCUUGCUGCAUUACCUCCAGUUAGUUUACAAUGAAGGAUUUUUAAAGUACGAUUACUACGAAGAGAAUCCACGAAUUUAUGGAAGAGAUUCUCCGCCACAGUAUGACCUGGCUAAUGUGGACUGCAAAAUAGCUCUUCAUUACGGCAAAAACGAUAAAUUAACGGCAGCAAUAGAUGUUCAAAAUCUGCGUAAAACUCUUCCAAAUGUAAUUCUCGACAAUUUGAUAUCAAACGAGCGCUUUAAUCAUAUUGAUUUUAUUUGGGGAAACGACGUGAAGACAAUGCUCUACGAUGAUGUGAUGGAAAUUAUGAAAAAAGUUGAAAACGGAGAGGUAUAGGGUAGCUAUAGAGAUUACAUUGAAAGGAAAGAGAUUUGGAAAUAUUAGCAUACUAUUUUAUAUGUAGCCACUUAACAUUACUGCUAUAUUUCCGUCCACAUUAAAUCUACACAGCUUGUGUCUCUAUAAGAAUAUUAACAAAUUAUCAACAAUAAGCCCUAGUGGCCAAAGUAGUUACAUUAAUUGGAACACUUGGAAGCCAUCAUAAUCUCCUUAUAAGCCUCUCUGAUUACUCAGUUGAUUGCAAUGUUAAAAUGGCACUAUAUUUGUAUAAACUUGGGAGCAAAUGCUUUCUUAAAGCACUAAAAAUACACAACUAUAUUUGCUUACUAACUCUCUCAAUAGUAAACACAUUUUAAAUUACCAUGCAAUGCAUUUAAACAUGAAAUCAGAUUAAAUAUUUAAAUCAGACAAGAGGCUUGUGGCGUGCCAAAAAAUAGAGGAAUCUUUCUGCAUAUGGUGAUAAUAUAUUUCCAUACAGCUGGCGGAAAUUUAUUGCAAGUACAUUUUAUUUAAAACUCCAUUGCAUCUGACACUUCGAAGUAGAGGAGAGGACCCCUCCAGCUCGGUGCGAUUGCCAAAAAACUGAAAUUGCAACUGACAUUGGCACAUGUGUGUGUGCUUGUCCAUUUUUUUGGGUGCACUGCCUGGGCACAACCACAAGAAAAUAAAAGUGUCACUCUAUAGAUGCAAACUUAAUUGUUUGCAGUCUGAGUCCGAAACCAGUGCCACAAACAAAGGCAUUCGAUAUCGUGUCGCACAGGCCCAGACUGCCACAAGUUUCUAUUUCUCAAAUAAAAGCCGAACAAA